UUUUUUUUCUUCCUCUUAUUUUAGUAAAAUAUGACUGACGCAGUGAACAUUGAUGUCACCAAGUUGACACCUUUAUCUCAUGAAGUUAUUUCCAAACAAGCUACCAUCAAUAUUGGUACUAUUGGUCACGUAGCUCACGGUAAAUCAACUGUCGUUAAAGCCAUUUCUGGUGUUCAAACUGUUCGUUUCAAGAAUGAAAUGGAAAGAAACAUUACAAUCAAGUUGGGUUAUGCCAAUGCAAAGAUUUUUAAGUGUACCAAUUCCGAGUGUCCCAGACCCGGUUGUUACAAGUCUUAUGGUUCUGCCAAAGAAGACAAUCCCAUGUGUGAACGCUCUGGUUGUGGUGGCACUAUGGAACUUGUGCGUCAUAUUUCAUUUGUUGAUUGUCCUGGUCACGAUAUUCUUAUGACAACCAUGUUGUCAGGUGCAGCUGUCAUGGAUGCAGCACUUUUGUUGAUUGCCGGCAAUGAAUCUUGUCCUCAACCUCAAACUUCCGAACAUCUUGCAGCUAUUGAAAUCAUGAAACUCGAACAUGUCAUCAUUCUUCAAAACAAGGUUGAUCUUGUCAAGAAAGAAGCCGCACACGAACAACACCAAGACAUUCUCGCCUUUGUGAAGGGUACUGUUGCUGACGGUGCACCUAUUGUUCCCAUCUCUGCCCAACUUAAAUACAACAUUGAUGCUGUCAACGAAUACAUCACGAAAAAGAUUCCAGUUCCUGUUCGUGAUUUUUCUGCUGUUCCUAGAUUGAUUGUGAUUCGUUCUUUUGAUAUCAAUAAACCCGGUGCAGAUGUCAACAACCUUCAAGGUGGUGUUGCUGGUGGUUCUAUUUUGAAGGGUGUCCUCAAGAUUGGUGAUGAUAUUGAAGUACGUCCUGGUGUCAUUAUCAAGGAUGCUGAAGGUCGUAUUCGUGCCCGUCCUAUUUUAUCCAAGAUUUUAACUUUGGCUGCCGAAACAAACAAGUUGGAAUUCGCUGUUCCCGGUGGUUUGAUUGGUGUUGGUACUCAAAUGGAUCCUACCUUGUGUCGUGGUGAUCGUUUGGUGGGUCAAGUAUUGGGUUAUCCAGGUACUUUACCUUCUAUCUACACAGAACUUGAAAUCUCUUAUUUCUUGUUGCGUCGUUUGUUGGGUGUCAAGACAGACGAUAAAAAGCAAGCCAAGGUUGCUAAAUUGGCCAAGGGUGAAUUGCUCUUGGUCAAUAUUGGUUCUGUUUCUACCGGUGGUCGUGUUGUUGGUGUCAAGGCUGAUCUUGCCAAGAUUGUUUUGACUGGUCCUACUUGUACUGAAGUCGGUGAUAAGGUUGCUAUUUCUAGAAAGAUUGAAAGACACUGGCGUCUUAUUGGUUGGGGUAAGAUUAAGCGUGGUACUGUUCUGGAAGCAGAAGCAAAUUAAAGUACAUAUAUAAAAUAAAAUAAAAAAAAG